UGUGUGUGUGUGUUUAAGACACCGUGGGGUGGGUGCAACUCCAAGUGACCAAAAGUAAUCUGCCUCAUUCCAAUCAGUCUCAGUGCCUACCUUCGCACAUAAGCGGCAGGGCACUCAGGUCUGCCAGAGCACACAGACCUACACACACACAUACAUACACACACACACACACACACAGGCUUCACACACAUACCCGCCCUCUUCAAGGCACCCUGUACGACCUCUCACCAUUGGCCAAAUCCCGGAGCCCUCAGCAUCUCCAUCACGGCUGACGAGGCCAUUCGGGAAAGCAAGGGACAGAGGUGGACGAUGAGGACAUUCGUGCGGUUUGUGUUGGGACUCUUGGUCCUCAAAGCGGUGGUGGCCAGUCCUCGAUUUUCUCGACAAGUGGAUUUGGAUUCUUACGAUGAUGCCAACUACGACGUUGAACCGGAUAAUAUCAAUUUGGAGAACCAUGAUAACUACGACUAUGAGGCCGAGCUGACCAUCGAUGACCCUCAGAUAGAGAUUGGAACACUGGCCCCACCUGACUACAACUACCCUGUACCUGAGGCAUCAUUGGAAGAACAAGAGGCUGAAGAGGAAGAAGAAGAAGAAGAGGUGCCUCUGAAACCUCAGCUCAUCCCUCAGGGUUCCGGGGGAUCUGGGGUUCUCAUGGGCCCAGAAACACAAAAAGAGGUGGAGCUUCGUCUGAUGCCCAUUGACAUCCUUCAUGUAUCCGGGGACUUUGGGGGUUCCGUUGGGUCUGGGGCCUCUGGAGCUUCUGGGGCUUCUGGGUCUGGAGGGUCUGGGGGCUCAGGGGAUCUGAUGGUUUUCGGAAGUUCCGAGAUUUCAGGAGGUUCUGGCGGCUCUGGUGACAUUGUCUUCAUCUCAGGAGUUUCUGAAGAGCUAUUGGGUUCUGGAGGGUCAGGAGAAUUUCUGUUAUCUGGAGAUAUCUUGAUAUCUGGGAAAUCCUGGGUUUCUGGAGACUUUUGGGGAUCUGGAGAUCUCUCGGGAUCUGGGCAUCAUUUUGGAUCUGGGGAUAUCUCAGGGUCUGGGGAUAUUCUUGUAUCUGGCAUGUCUGGAACCUCUGGGGACUUUGGCUCUGGAGUUUCUGAGAUUGCAGUUGAACUUCCAUUGGGCUCUGGAGAGUCUGGGGACCAGUCCGGUUCUGGGUUCUCUGGAGACCUGUUGAUCUCAGGAGCCUCUGGAAGCUCUGGGGUUUCUGGGGACUCUGAGGAGUCCGGGGAGUCUGGCGUAGUUUUGUUAUCUGGAGAGGAGGAGCUGCCCCUCGUUCCCGACACUGUCCCUGAAGAAGCAUCGAGAGCUUCUGGGGAAUUUUCAGGAACUUCAGGAAUCUCAGGGGCUUCAGGUGACACUGGGGUUUCCGGAGACAUAGACAUCUCUGGAACCUCUGGGGUUCCUAGUGUUUCUGGCUCUGGUGACACAGAGGUGCCUGAGGUAGUCCUGGUCCCUGACAUUGAUAAAGAGGAUGGGCUGCUUCCGACUACACCAAAAACCCCACAAGAGGGUGCUGGGAGUGUAGAAGGGUCAGGAUUGCCAGAGCCUGGUGAACCUGAUGAGCCUGAAGAGCCUGUGAUUGACACAAAAGGUAUGCCAACUUGCUUGCUGUGCACGUGCCUCGGAGGUUCAGUCUACUGUGACGACUUAAGGCUGGACACCGUACCACCUCUUCCCAAAGACACCACUCAUUUCUACGCACGCUACAACAGAAUCACUAAGAUCAACAAGUCGGACUUCGCUUUCAUGAACAAACUUAAAAGGAUCGACUUGACCGCCAAUGAGAUUAGGAGCAUUGAUGAAAAAGCGUUUGCGGGUCUAGCCGAGCUGGAGGAGCUGGUGAUACGGGAAAAUCACAUCUCACAGCUGCCUCCUCUGCCAGAGACUAUGACAUUGAUCGACGCCAGCCAAAACAACAUUGGAGGCAAAGGCAUUCACAGAGAGGCAUUCAAAGAUAUGUCUAGCCUGAAGUACCUGUACCUGACAGACAACCAGCUGGACUAUAUCCCUGUGCCUCUGCCAGAAAGUCUGCGAUCACUGCACCUGCAGCGCAAUAAUAUUCAAAUGAUGCACGAGGACACGUUCUGCAACAUGAAAGACUUCAACUACAUCAGGAAUGCACUGGAGGACAUCCGCCUAGACGGCAACCCCAUCAACCUCAGCAGGACCCCGCAGGCCUACAUCUGCCUGCCCCGCAUACCUAUUGGGAAUCUUAUUUAACCACACACACAAACACACACACACAGAGUCUUACACAAAUGCAACCACACACUUUUGUACAUAUUGACACACUACAUCACACAAAUCA